AUGCGCUCUUUUGCUAUCCUCGCCCUCUUCAUCGCCGCUGCUGUGGCCCUCCCCACCCCCCACGGUGCUUCCGUUUCUGCUCUUGACAAACCCACUGUUGUCGUCUCGGACGUCGCCAAUGACCUGACUGCCAGCGUCGGCAACGUCCACCGCCGCCACGACGGCUCCGUCUCCGGCCUCGACGACCUCACUGCUAAGAUCACCGACGUCGGCAAUGACCUCGACGUCUCAGCUCUGAACGUUGAAAAGCGUGACGGUGGCCUGUCCAUUCUCAACGAUGCCACCGUUAAGGUCACGGACGUCGCCAACGACCUGACUGCCGAGGUUGGCAAUGUUAACCACCGCCGCCACGACGAAGACGGCUCCGUCUCCCUUCUCGAUAACGCCACCGUCAAGGUCACGGACGUCGCCAACGAUCUUACUGGCAAGGUUGGCAACGUAAGCAAGCGUGGUGGUGUCUCCGCUGUCAACAGUCUCACCGGCGGAGUUGACCCUACACUAAACGAUGUUGACCUCGCCCUCCUCAACUCUGCCAAGCGCGGUGGCGUCUCUGUGGCCGAUGGCCCCACGGCCGUGAUUGACCCCGUCCUUCAAGACGGUUACGCGGGCAUUCUCGGCGUUGCUGGACGCGGUGUCUCCGCCGUCGAUGACCUCACGGCUGAGGUCAAGGAUGUCGCCGACGCUGCCCAGAUCAAGGCUCUCAAUGUCGGUGGCAAGCGCGGCGGCGAGCCUUCGGUCUCCAUCCUCAACGAUGCUCUUGUUUCAAUCAAGGACAUCCUGAACAACCUCGACAUUUCCGCACUCAACGUCGGCAAGCGCGGCGAGCCUUCGGUCUCUGUCCUCAACAAUGCCCUUGUUGCGAUCUGCGACAUCCUCAACAACCUUGACCUCGAAGCCCUCAACGUUAACAAGCGCGGUGAGCCCUCGGUCUCCGUCCUCAACAACGCCCUCGUCAAGAUUGCGGGCAUCCUCAACAACCUGAACAUCUCCGCUCUCAACGUCGACAAGCGCGGCGGAGCCGGCGACGUCUCGGUCCUGGACGAUCCCACCGUCGAGGUUAAGGACGUUCUCAACGACCUCACUGCCAAGAUUGGCAACGUCAGCAAGCGCGGUGGUGUUUCCGCUGGUGAUAACCUCACUGCCACAGUUGAAAACGUCCUCAACGAUGCCGACGUCUCGGCUCUGAACGUCAGCCACUAA